GUUUGGCGCCUGCGUCUUGCGGCGAGCGCGCUAGCGGUCGGCGGCGCUGCUGGCGGGAGAGGCUGCAACGCCUAUGUCUGAGGAGCGAUGCCGAGGGAAAUCAUCACCCUACAGUUGGGCCAGUGCGGCAAUCAGAUUGGGUUCGAGUUCUGGAAACAGCUGUGUGCUGAGCAUGGCAUCAGCCCCGAGGGCAUCGUAGAGGAGUUCGCCACCGAAGGCACUGAUCGCAAGGACGUCUUUUUCUACCAGGCAGACGAUGAACAUUACAUCCCCCGGGCUGUGCUGCUGGACCUGGAGCCCCGGGUGAUCCAUUCCAUCCUCAACUCCUCCUAUGCCAAGCUCUACAACCCAGAGAACAUCUACCUGUCUGAGCACGGAGGAGGAGCUGGCAACAACUGGGCUAGUGGAUUCUCCCAGGGAGAAAAAAUCCACGAAGACAUUUUUGACAUCAUAGAUCGGGAGGCGGAUGGCAGUGACAGCCUAGAGGGCUUCGUGCUGUGCCAUUCCAUUGCUGGGGGUACAGGCUCUGGUCUGGGCUCCUACCUCUUAGAGAGACUGAAUGACAGGUACCCCAAGAAACUAGUGCAGACAUACUCGGUGUUUCCCAACCAGGACGAGAUGAGCGAUGUGGUGGUGCAGCCCUACAACUCCCUCCUCACCCUAAAGCGGCUGACCCAGAAUGCAGACUGUGUGGUGGUGCUGGACAACACAGCCUUGAACCUGAUCGCCACAGACCGCCUGCACAUCCAGAAUCCAUCCUUCUCCCAGAUCAACCAGCUGGUGAGUCCCACUCCUGAAAUGGAAGCCCUCUACCAGAGGAUCCUCAGAGAAGGGAUGUUCCACCCCAUCCCAUCCCAUAAUAUC